CACGUUUACGAAAGCAGGACAACAAUUUCAGAUAGUUCUGGCAGCUGGAUGUGAGUUGAAGGUUGUCCGCAGGUCUCACAGGUCUGAGUGAGCUAAUAUGCUGGCGUCAACAGACGCUAUUGUGCAAGGUCGCGUCACUAGCAAACCUGUAUAAUCUUCCAUUCGGUGAUGGAGUGUCACGGCUAUUGUUGCUGUCCUCACAGGGCAGUUACAAAAGCACACAGCAUUCCAAUAAGGAGGCCUGUACACAAACACGGGGGAGAGAGGGUGGAUUAGAGAACUGAUGGAAUGUAGCAGGGCCAGCCAUGUGCUGACUGGAGGUGUAGCAUUCGGUAAACAGUCCAUUCGUGUAGACUGAAUCAAGGGUGUUCGCCCAUCGGCCUGAAUUAGUCCUGAUCGUGUUCAGGUGGUUGACCACACCCCAUUUUUCUGUGCAUACCAGGAGCAACACGCCCGCUGUCAACAAUGUGUCAUUUUCUCAGAAGUUAGCUGGAAACGCAUUUCAAACAGAUUAAAAACUAUUUCAAUAUUCAGAUCCCACUGCCGCGGAGACCAUGAUGGCUUCUUCUAGUGCCCAGGAGUUGUUCACAGAGCAGGAGCUGACCUGCUCUAUCUGCCUGGACCUGUUCAGUGAUCCUGUGUCCACUCCGUGCGGGCACAACUUCUGCCAGGGCUGCAUCGGAGGCUACUGGGCCUCCAGCCCCGUGUGUACAUGUCCGCUGUGCAAGCACCAGUUCUCGGAGCGGCCGCAACUUAGCAUCAACCGAGUGUUCUCGCACAUCGCCGACAAAUUCAAAGAGACCCGUUACGGUGCGGCAGGAAUGACGCUGUUGCCUAUGUCUACGGUUCUCCCCGGAUCCAGCAGCAACCCCUUCCUGGAGGAGGUGGUGGUGUGUGACGUGUGCACGGGGAAGAAGCAGGUGGCAGUGAGCUCUUGCCUGACGUGCACGGCGUCCUACUGUGAGGAACACCUUCAGCCGCACCGGACCAUGGCGUUCUACGCCAGCCACCAGCUCCUGGACCCCAUGGAGGCGCUGCGCGGACGCACCUGCCCCCUCCACCACCGGCUGCUGGAGGUGUUCUGCCGGACUGACCAAGCGUGUAUCUGCGCCAUCUGCGUCCUGCAUGAGCAUCGCACGCACAACACCGUCUCCGUUCAGACGGAGAGGAUCGUUAAGCAGAAGCUCCUGGGUAAGACAGAGCUGGAGAUCCAGAAGAGGGUGGAGGGGAAGAGCCUCCAUCUGGGGGAGCUGAAGGAGCGUCUGGAGACCAUCAGGAACUACGCCCGCAGCGAGGUGUCAGAGGUGGAGCACCUGCUGGGGGAGCUGUCCCUAUCGGUGGAGCGCAUCCGCAGCGAGCUGGUGGGGGGGAUGGAGGAGAAGCGCAUCUCCGUGGAGACGCAGGCGGAGGAGCAGGUGGCGUGCGUGGAGGCAGAGCUGACGGAGCUGCAGCAGAGGAGAGCGGCGCUGGAGAAUCAGGCCACAUCCCAGGACCACGUCAACUUCCUGAAGACCUUCCAGCAGGCCAACACGCCUCCGGUUUCUGACCCGUCCGUGGACCUGGAGCGGGAGCCUUUGCUGCACUUCCCCCUGGACGAGGUGAAGCUGGCGCUGGCGGAGGUGAAGGAGAGGAUGGACGACAUCCACAUGGGCGAGGUUCGCCCCCGGGGGUCUCGCGGCAGCAUUACCUCCUUACCAGAGAGUGAGAGCAUGAUGAGUGUGCAAGGACUCAGGAAGAGUCAGUGGUCUCUACGAGAUCUCAAGAAGAUCAAGCCAAAAUCAGGGCUGAAAAAAAUCAAGUCCUACUUGGAGGACGUGACGUUGAACCCGGUGACGGCGUACCCCUUCCUCAUCCUGUCAGAUGACAGGAAGCAGAUGAAGAGAGGGGAGAAGCUGCAGUUCUACAGGAACAGCUCCCAUCGCUUCGACGUCUGGUCCUGUGUGCUGGCCAAGGAGGGCUUCAACUCUGGACGCCAUUACUGGGAGGUGAAUGUGGGGGAGAACAAGGACUGGAAGGUGGGUGUGGUGAGGGAGUCGUCUCAGAGGAAAGGCCUGUUCGACAUGAGUCCCGCCAGCGGCUACUACGCUCUCUGGUGGGGGGGUACCCAGCUCCGCGCCCUCACCGCCCCGCCCCUGGCCAAGGUCAAGAGCCCGGUUCGCAUCCGCAGGGUGGGCGUGUACCUGGACUGCGAGGAGGGCCAGGUGACCUUCUACAACGCCAAGACGGGAAGCGAGGUUCACAGCUUCCAAGUGCCGGCGUUCUCGGAGCGGAUGUUCCCCCUGCUGGGCACGGGCGAUAAGGAAGUUCCUCUGGUCCUCAUGACCGCCCAGUAUACCAGCGUUCCAGAGUGAACGAGGACGGGAGGGGGAGGCGGGGCGUGGUCAUCUGAGGAGCUGCUGUGAUAUUUAUGUCUGUGUGUGUGUGUGUGUGUGUGUGGGGGUUAGUUGUUUACCUGCUCCAUGCUGGUGACGCCGUUCUGUGUAAACAAGUUGCCUCAGAGCUCGGCUGAUGAGCGAGGCGACAUAACGGGCUCUAGGUGGUGUCCUCCUCACAGCCUCUGUUGCUGUUCUGCAGGCGGCAUUUAUGGUGGAGGUCGUGUCUACAGCUUCUCUCUCUUCUCUGGGUGGAUCUGGAAAAGGGGAGCAGCGUUCAGAAUGUUGUAGAAAAUCAUGGGAAACUUCCUUUACAGCCACAGUGCAAAGCCUUGUCUGGUUGACUGUUCCUCUCUGAGAUCUUCCACAACAGUGCCUCCCCCUGCCUCCCCCUGCCCGACGCCCUGUACCAGAACAGGACAACUGGACUCUGUUGACAGUAUUGUGCAAUCUUCUGGUUGCAUGGGUGUGGUAGAAUGCUAUGACUCAUGAUUGUGUGGCCUCGAUCUUUCCUCCAUAUAAGGCCUGCCAGUCUCUCUUUAAGGCCCAGUUGUUCCCGUCCAGAUCCUACCCUCCCCCUGAAGGGCUCAAAUCCCGGCCCAGGGUAGAGAACACGUCAUGCUACUCAAAAGCUCUCCUGUGGAUCUGUUUGGUUUCGUUUUCUAUUUUUCUUGUUUGUUAGUUGUUUUUUUUGGGGGGGGGGGGGGGGGAUAGUUCCUCUUGAAAUAUCUUACCAGCCACACUGUGACCACAUUCACGUCCCACUGAUUGUAGACACAUUUAUUAUUUUAAUCAUGUUAUGCUUGUUUUUAUGUGUGUAAUGUAUAGGUUGUUCCGAGCUCUAUUGUAUAACCUCAAUGUAUGUUUUAAAAGAUCACAUAUGAAAUGUCACUAAUAAAGAUUUGUAAAAAAAAAUAUAUAAUAAACAAUCGAUACUAA